CGAUAGUUCGAUGAUUAUAAAAAUCGACAAAAAUUAUCGCUACACGUAUAACAAAGACGCCGGCUGGUAGAAAAAUAAAUAUGUCCGCCUCGAUGAGCAGCAAGAGCACCCUGGUGUCCUCCAUCAUCUCGGGCCUCCUGAGCAUCGUUCUGUUUGGCACACUGCGUUUCUGCUCGGAAUGGUUCAACGACUCGCAGCUGAGAGUUCUUUUGGGCGGAUACCUCUUCUCCUGGGUGUUCAUUCUGAGCCUUACGUGUAUCUCCAAUGCGGAAAUGGUCGUCUUCGGCCAGGACUUCCAGGCCAAGCUGCUGCCGGAGAUCCUAUUCUGUCUGUCCCUCACGGUGGCUGCCGCGGGAAUCGUGCAUCGCGUCUGCGCCACCACCAGUGUCCUCUUUUCCCUGGUAGGGCUUUACUUCCUCAACAGGAUUUCCACGAAGUAUUACUCUGUUCAAGUGCCCGCCGUGGAUGCUCCUGCGACGAGGAAGGGCGGUAAGAAGUUCAAGUGAACCUUUCGCCUGGUCCUUACUUGCUUAACACAACAUUCGAAUACCUAUAUUUAUCUUUAAUAAAUAACAAACCCAUACAAUGAAAUUUAAA